AUGAAGGGGGUUUGGGGAUUAGACGAAUCGGAGAAUUCAAUAUUUCUCUCAUGGUUUCUCACAUUUGGAGUUUGCUUAUUCGAAGAGAAUCCUUAUGGGUGGCUUGGAUCCACUCGUAUAGAUUAUGAGAUUGGUGAUGGGUCUUCAACGUCAGCAUGGUUCGAUUAUUGGUGUGUUAAUGGUCCUUUAUGCACAUCCAUUUCGCCUAGAGAGAUUGCAAGAGCGGGAUUUACAUUGCAAGAUACUGUGGCGGAUGUUUCGAUAGGUGAAACGUGGAACUGGCCCGAGGCUUGGAGAAACUUAUUUCCGGUCCUUAUCCAUGCCGAUGCUAUUCAAAGAAACCUAAGUGUGCAGGAUCAGGUUUUAUGGAUGAACGGUAAUAAGUUACAUGAAUUCUCGUCUUCUGAAGUUUGGAAUUCGAUUCGGUCUAGAGAGCCACAGGUUGAUUGGGUUAAUGUUGUAUGGUUUUCCCAGUGCAUCCCGAGACAUGCUUUUUUGAUGUGGCUCAUUAUGCGACGGAAGCUGCUAACUCAAGAUAGAAUUCUUCGCUGGGGCGCUGAUAGAAGAAGAAAUAUGAACAUGAUGUGUUGCUUGUUAUGUUACGAGAAUUUUGACUCACAUGAGCACCUUUUCUUUGAGUGCAAGUUCUCGGCUCAAGUUUGGAGGCUGGUUAGAGAUAAACCGAGUAUGUCAUCAGUCCAACCAAAGCGGAAUCUAAUUGUGGAGUGGUUAUCUGAGCGAGCUCGUUCAAAAACUGCGGCCAACUUCAUUUGUCGAUUGAUUGUGGCUGCUUCGGCUUACAUUAUAUGGCAGGAACGUAAUAAUCGGCUAUUCCGUAAUCAUGCGAGACCCCCUGAUAUUGUUGCUGAUGCAAUUGUGGAGACGAUACGGUAUAAGCUGAUGGGAACCAGGUUUAAAAAAACUCCUAGAGUGAUGGCAUUGCUUCAGGAGUGGGAGGUGCAGGAGGGAUGCUUAGACGAUAAUGGCGGAUAG